AAGUGUUAGUGAAAUUAAGUUGACAAUAAAUACUUUAUUCCGCAAUACUCAGUCAACCAGUUCGUUUAAUAAGUAAUUAAUCUGACAGACGGUUUUUUCAAAAGCUAACAGUAACAAAUUAUGUUCAAUAAAUGACUAUAAAUAAUAAAUUAAAAGAUAAAAUGAAAAUAAUUUUAAUAUAUAUGAAAAGAAAAGUAUUAUUAUAUUGGAUAUUAAGAUUUUGUUUAAUCAGUAUUAUAUUAGUAAUUGGAAUUAUAGCAUAUAUUAUUUUAUUUCCAACAAUCAUUGACAUAAGCUCAAAUGAUAUUCCAAAUUAUUUAGUCAAGACUAGUGCAGAUGAAUAUACACUCCUAGGUAAAAGUUCAUGUUCAAUAGCUGAAAUUAAUGAUGAAAAAAGACUAAUAAAUGUACAAAAAGUGGUGAGUAACAAACAAUUAGAUAAUUUUAAGCAAAAUAUAUCAUUAGGAGGAGAAUGGAUGCCAACAAAUUGUAUUUCUCAACAUCAUACUGCAAUCAUAGUAUGUUAUCGUAAUCGAACUGAGCAACUUCAAACCUUUUUAUAUCAUAUGCAUUCAUUUUUACAAAAACAAAAUUUACACUACCAAAUAUAUGUAAUAGAACAAACAUUUAAUGCUGAAUUUAAUCGUGGAAAAUUAUUCAAUGUUGGCUACCGAGAAGUUACAAUGCGUUCUUUUGCAGGAUGUUUUAUUUUUCAUGAUGUUGAUUUAAUCCCAGAAAAUAUAAAUAAUAUAUAUGGUUGUUCUAGUUGUCCAAGACAUAUGAGUACUAGUAUAAAUGUUUUCAAUUAUAAAUUACCUUAUUACACUAUAUUUGGUGGUGCUAUUGCAAUGACCAUGCAACAAUUUCAUGACAUCAAUGGUUUUUCAAAUAUGUUUUAUGGAUGGGGAGGCGAAGAUGAUGAUAUGUUUAACAGAGUUUAUCAUAGUGGUUAUAGAAUUUGUCGAUAUCCACCAUAUAUAUCAAGGUAUACAAUGUUAACACAUGAUAAAGAGACACCAAAUGAAAAUAGAAUGAAAUAUUUGAGAAAUGGUCCAAAACGAUUUAAAACUGAUGGAGUUAAUUCUGUUACUUAUAACUUGAUCAAAUAUGAGCAAUUACCAUUAUAUACAAGAAUAUUAGUUAAUAUUUAAACAAAAUUAAGUAGUACUGAAAUUUAAAAGAUCAACCAAAUGGAAGAAAUCACUGAAGAGCCAAGACAUCACCAAAAGUUAAUGUAAGAGUUGUUACCAUAUUAGGCAUACAUUUUGAUAUUAAAAACAUAUUUUAAAUUUAA